AUGGUCGCCUGGCGACUUUUGGCAUUAGCCACUACACUUCUCGCUGCGAUACAGCCAGUAGUAGCUGCUAGUGAUACUCGCUAUGUGACAACCACAAAUUCUGCCGGUCAAGUCGUUUACUUGGCAGACGACAGAAGACCGUCUCUGUACACCGGACGAUUCGGAGAUUGCAAGGGUUCUAGUGCUGUCAAUGUCACUCGCUUCGAUGCUGCUUAUUACAAAGACAAUAUGACCGUGCUCUUUCAUUUGGCAGGCAACACGGCCAUCGCUAAUGAAAGCUUGAUGAGCCGCUUCGACCUGACCUUUGAUCCGUGCAGCGCAAAUAUUGCCAGUAUACCCAUCGAAGCCAACGGCAUUAUCCCCGUCGCUCAAUCUGAUGUUGCUGCUAUCCCUCCGAUCGCCCUCUCAAUUCCAGACUUCGAGGGCGAGGCUAUUCUUCGUAUUUUCGCUAACUCGACCCAAGCCGAGAUUGGCUGUUAUUCAGCUGUCGUGACUAACGGAGCUACUUUCUCGCAGCCCAAAGCUGUCGGAUCAAUCCUCGGAAUCUUUACCGUCAUUGCUUUGGUCGCCUCGUUUGCGACCGCUGUCUAUGGUGAUAGCGUGCCUGUCAUGAGAAAGCACUAUGCCCACUCGCUCUCGGUUUUGGUCGUGUUCUCCGUUUUUCAGCAUGUCUACUUUACCGGAGCUCUUUCUAUGAACUGGCCAAGUGUGCUUGUUGCUUGGUGGAGCAACUUUGCUUGGUCAGGAGGCAUGAUUUACUCCAGCUCAAUGCAGCGUUCUAUUGACAAACUCAUUGGUAACAACCUGGGAAAUACAUCGCAAGUUGGCGCUGCUGGUUCUGGAACCAACCAAGAAAAUGUUGGAGGUGGUUUUGACAUCUCGUCAAUCUAUAGAAGAGAAUUGUCGCUCAAAAGAGACGUUGCUUGGGAUAUUUAUCAGCGCGAUCAUUCCAUCCAACUUGGACGGGACGUCGUUUCGCGCACUUUUGAAGAACAUCUGUUCAAACGCGAUCUUGCUAACAAGACCACUGGCUUCUCUUGGUAUGGGCAGCCUGUGGAAGCAGGUCUGCCUCUACCUGGUAACUACUCUGGAUUCGCUGGCACCCUAGCCCAGGAGAACAUUCGCGCCUCCAAUGCGUUCAUGACCGGAUUCUUGUGGCUUCUGAUUCUUUCAGUAAUUCUCGUCGCCAGCGUGAUUGCCUUCAAAUGGAUUCUUGAGGCUUUCGUUGCCAUCAAACUUAUGAAGAAUGAGCGCUUGAAUUUCUUCAGAGAGCACUGGAUUCGAUACACCGCCUUGGUUGCUUUGCGAACUUCGUUCAUUGCGUUCUUCAUGAUGAUGUUCCUAACCAUGUUCCAAUUCUCUUACCAAAGCUCUGGUGGUGUCAAAGCCGUUGCUGCUAUCAUCUUCAUCUUGUUCUUCGUUGGCAUUCCUGCUUGUGUCAUCUAUGCCACUUAUGUCGGUCUGGCCUCGCAGGGUACUGUUCUCAAAUCUGAGGUUCCCAACGAGCAAGUCGAAGGAAGGCAGCCACCCAGGUUCCUUUCUAAGCUUGGUAUCAAUAAACCCAUCACGAUGAAGAUACCGGCAAUUUCGCUCCGUCGACAACCAUCACACCUUGAGGAGGACCAUACCUCGAUACAUGAUGAUGAGGAAUAUGUCAAGAAGUUCGGAUGGCUCUCUGCUCGUUUCCGCCGUACAAGAUGGUGGUUCUUUGCUGUGUGGACCCUCUACGAGUUCAUUCGCGCAUGUUUCUACGCCGGUGCUUCGGGUCAGCCUAUGACUCAAGUCUUCGGUCUACUAGUCGUUGAGAUUCUCUUCUUCGCUUUCAUCCUCUGGGCCAGACCUUUCGAGGGGCAACGGCUCAAUGUGCUUGUUGUAUACCUGCUCGGCUUCAGCAAAGUUGCGACUGUGGCUCUGUCUUCCGCAUUCAACAUCGCCUUCAACUUGGAACGUAUCACCACGACUGUGAUUGGUAUCGUCAUCAUAGUCAUUCAAGGAGUCCUGGUAAUCGUCACUUUGAUAGCCAUUGCUGUCGGAGCUUUCUCUUCUUACAUAUCCGUUACUCGAAACCACGAGAGUUUUCGACCAAAGAGGAUGGCAGGAGUUCGCGAGAAAUACUUCAAACAUCUUGAUCGCACUGCUACCGAUGUGCCUCGUCCACCAAAGCCAGAACCUGUUGAAGUGAUCCCCGAAGAGCCUAAAGGACCUUACUUUUCUGUCUCGCAAGUCCGUCGAGUGGCUAAGAUUGAGGAUGAAGACCCGGAUUUCGUCGCUGAGAUGGCAAUGCUCCACCACGAAGAGGAACUAGGUCCCGAAUCGACGCCAAACGCAUCUUGUUCCGCUCUACCAACGAGGUCACAAACGCCAGGCAUGGAUGGGGAGUCAUCUCAAACUCCUAUCCGCCGCGGUCGCGCGGCUAGUGGACUGAGCUACCGAAGCACGAGUGGAAGCUAUUCGAAUCUGCCUCGCGGAGCCCGUCUCCACAGACCCAGCUGGACUUCUCGUGAUUUCUCUGAAACAAGGGAUGAUCGAUCGAGGACGCCUAUUGACAUGAGUAGAAACGUGCCAGAGGAUGAUACUGCGAUGGCCACGCCAACGAGAUCUGGAUCACGCACGCCCAAGAGAAGGUCGGUUACUAUGCCGACAUCAACACUUCCUCCGAUGCCAAACCUAGACGAGCUGCAGAUUGGCGGAGAUGUCAGUACACGAGAUGUGAUUGCAGACGUACCUACGCCAACUAUCAGACCACGUUCUGGGACUUUUAGCGGAAGUCGCAGUAACACACCAACUCCAGCUGACCGAAACUCGUUCCACACAAGGUCAACAACACUCGACUUGCCAGCACGAGACAACAGAGGCCCCCUUACGCCUGCUGUAGAACACGACGAGGAGCUUUACCACUGA